CUCAUCACGCGGGAGGACCUGGAGAACGGCGAGGAUGUGGCCACCUGCCCUAGCUGCUCCCUGAUCCUGCGCGUCAUUUACGACCAGGAACAGUUCAUGCGUGAUGAAGUCAUUGCAGAACCUUUGACAAACAAGGAAUUGAUUAAGUGCUGA